AUGCCUGAAGUGGAAGUGGAUAACAACAACGAGAAGCCAUCUGAGAUUAACAGUUUCCAUCACAUGAUCAUAAGUAGUAGUAAAAAUGUGUUGAAAAUGGAAGAAGUUGAGGUGAGCAAGAAGAGGAAAUUUCAGACAGAUCAAUCUGAUGAGUUAUCGUUAUUACCUCUGUCAAAACACACUUGUUUUGCCAAUGUUGCUUGUUCAGAGAAUACAAAUGGUAACUCGGAGAUUGAUACAGAGUAUUCAAUGUCUUCUUAUGUGAACUCAACAACUUCUAUGGAGUGUAACAAUGAUAUAGAGAUGAAAGAGGAAUCAUCUGGAUCAUGCGGUGAAGACAAGAUGAUCUCUUUCGAAAGCCAUCUAGAUUACAUCUAUGGGACUCAGAACUUAGAGGAUUUUUCAGAGAAAGUCAUUGAAAACAUUCUCUAUCUCGAUGAACAAGAAGAAGAAGAGGAAGAUGCUAAAGGAUGUAGUAGUAAUGCUGCUAAGUUUGUUCUGUCCUCUGGAAGAUGGACUGUUAACCAAGAUGAUUCUACUCUACAUGAGACAAAGAAGCCUACCAUUGAUCAAGAAUUUGAACAAUACUUCUCAACGCUAAUGCUGUAA